CAUGUCAAAGAGCUGAUGCCAAUCGUCUAUACGCCGACUGUUGGAUUGGCAUGUCAGAAUUUCGGCUAUAUCUAUCGCAAGCCAAAGUAUGCUUUUUCCUAUACUCAGGCGAUUGUGGUAACGGAUGGCGAACGUAUUCUCGGUCUCGGUGAUCUCGGUGCAUACGGGAUUGGUAUUCCGGUGGGUAAAUUAGCACUCUAUGUGGCACUUGGUGGUGUCCAGCCCCGCUGGUGCCUUCCCGUAUUGCUGGAUGUUGGCACCAACAAAGAGGUGGAAUUGCUACAUGAUCCAUUUUACAUUGGGCUGCGACGUAAACGUGUUCGCGGGAAGCAGUACGAUUCAUUCCUCGAAAAUUUCAUGAAAGCUUGCACCAAACGGUAUGUUACCACAAAUAGAUGA